CACUUGUUUCAAUGAAGACAUAUAAUAGACACGGCGUACCCGAUAUAUUACACAGAUCCGAAUCUAGAAUAUCUUGCUUUUAUAUAACCUGAAUCUUACUCAUCUUCAACUAUUCUCCCAAGUUUGAUCCAAAUCUCAUUCACAUCUCACACGCCUUGAAAAUAAAACAAUGCCGGCCUUCAACCGACUAAUCCGUUUCCUCGCCAAGAAUGGCCAAACAUACUACGGAGACGCCAUUCUACCCGCGGGUGUAACAGACAUUGCCAAAGUGAAGAAAGCAAAAGUUAUCAAGGGAGAUAUUUUUGGCAAACAUGAAGUCACAGAUCAAAUCGCGGACGUCCGAUUACUGCUGGCACCCCUCGCACUAGAAGAUGUGAAGACAGUCCGAUGCCUAGGCCUUAACUAUGCGCUACACGCUAAGGAGGCCGGUCUACCGUUACCCAAAUACCCAGUUCUAUUCUUCAAGCCUGUCACCUCUCUAUCUGGGCCCACGGACCCCAUUCCCGUGCACCCGAUAGCGCAAGAAGAGGAGGGCUUAGAUUACGAGUGUGAGCUUGUCGUCAUAAUCGGCAAGGAGGCUAGGGACGUCUCGGAGGCAGAUGCGCUUAACUACGUGCUCGGCUACGCCAUCGGCAACGAUGUAUCUCACCGUGACUGGCAAGUCGCCCGUGGUGGUGGUCAGUGGUCGCUAGGCAAGGGUUUCGAUGGCUGGGCACCGUAUGGACCGGGUAUCGUGACGAGCAACCUCAUCAAGGACCCUCAGACGCUGAAGAUCAGCACCAGGUUAAACGGACAGACUGUACAGGAGAGCAACACGGCGGACCAGAUCUUCAACGUUAGGCAAACCAUCUCAUUUUUGAGCAGGGGUCACACUCUGCUCCCUGGCGAUCUGAUCUGGACGGGAACACCGUCCGGUGUCGGUAUGGGCCGCACCCCGAAGUUGUGGAUGAAGGAUGGCGAUCUUGUCGAGGUCGAGCUUGAGAACGUCGGUGUUGUGACUAAUAAGGUUGAGUUCCUUAAGGAGGGGGAAUCCGCCAAGCUAUAGCUUGGUAGAUGUGCUUGUUAGGUGAAAAUCAGGGGUGAUUUGUACGGCUACUGGGUAGAUUAAACAAGUACCUAAGAUAAACCAGUGCAAGUUCUAAUGACAUAUUUGCUGUCUGUUGAAUACAAUUGAAAUUCUACAUGAAAAUGACAUAUUUCAC